GGCUUUAGCGAGCGGAAGCACGUGGGUAAACAGGAAGUAGUUUUGGCAUUUGGCGGGUUGAACGGAGAAGACGUGCAAAAAUGGCGGCUAUGAAUGACAUGGAGAAGAAACUUGCGGAGUAUAAGUGUGACACUAAUGAAGCUAUAUGUCUGAAAUUAGUGCGGUUCCCAGAGGAUGUAGAUGACGAAAGCACAACAUUUCACCCUGAGUACAGUCAUCAGCUGUUUGGAGAUGAUGAAGUGGCGUUCGGUUACAAAGGUCUUCAGAUCCAGCUGUACUACAGUGCAGGGAACCUAAACACCCUGUUCAAAGUCAAGUACACUUCCAGGGUCACAGAGAAGUUUGACUGUGUGGAGCCAGAUGAUGUGGAGGGUAAGAUCAGAGAGAUCAUUCCUGCUGGUUUCUGCUGCAACACAGAUGACUUCAUCUCUCUCUUGGAGAAAGAGGCCAACUUCAAACCCUUUGGCAGCCUGCAACACACCUACAAAGUUCACAAUGUGGAGGCAGGGGAGGAUCUCACCUACCAUAUACACAAGGUGGAUAUCUCAUGUCCAGGGUUCAGAGAGUACCACGAGCGCUUGCAGACAUUUCUCAUGUGGUUCAUUGAGACGGCCAGUUUCAUCGAUGUGGAUGAUGAUCGCUGGGAUUUCUUCCUUGUAUUCGAGAAGUACAAUAAGGAUGGAGAGACCCUUUACGCGACGGUUGGCUACAUGACAGUGUAUAAUUACUACGUAUACCCAGACAAAACCAGACCACGUGUCAGCCAGAUGCUGAUCUUACCACCAUUCCAGGGAGAAGGCCACGGGGCUCAGCUCUUAGAGACAGUCCACCGAUACUACUGCACGUCUGCUAAAGUACAGGACAUCACAGCGGAAGAUCCGUCUGAAAACUACGUGAAGCUGAGAGAUUUUGUGCUGGUGAAGCUGUGCUUGACUCUGCCAUCUUUCUCCAAUGAGAAACUCUCUCAGGGCUUCAGUGAAGAGAUGGCAUCUGAGGCCAGAGAAAAACUCAAGAUCAACAAGAAACAUGCAAGGCGUGUUUAUGAAAUUCUGCGUCUCAGAAACACAGACAUGAGCGAUGAAGAGAAAGCCAGAGAAUUUCGCUUGGAGGUGAAAAAAAGACUCUAUGGACCCUACAGAAAAAACCAGCGUGAGCUGUCUAAGAUGCAGAAAUGUUUGAGGCCGGAGGAGUUGGCGUCCCACAUCAGCCAGAUGGACACAAGACUUCAACACGAGGAACUGGAGAAAAGCUACCAGGACGUGCUGGCGGAUUAUCGGCGAGUCCUGGAACGACUGGCUCAGGCUUGAGCACGAGGAGACUUCUGCAUCGUUCUGGAAAGACUGGCCGAGACACACACACACACACACACACACACACACACACACACACACACACACACACACACACACACACACACACACACUGUUCUAUUGCAUUGUACCCAGUGUUUAUAAGGGAUUAAAUAUGAAACAUCUGCAUUUGUUACUUGUGUGAUAGACAGAUGAUGGGCAGUUUUUCACAUAAUGAGAGAUGAGUGCAUUGGUCUACUGUGGAGAAGAAGAUUUUUGAGUUGUUUUUUCCAUCAAAUAUUUUCCGUAAUGUAAAAAAAUGUAGAUUUUGAAGCACUUCCUUAAAGAACAAAUAAAAUGUUUUGUAUAUUGCUCAAAUGUAUGAUUUGCCAUCUCUUUGGUGAUGUCUAAAAUAAAAAGAUCUUCAUUUUACUUAACAA